CGGCACCUCACCGGGGCUCGCAGCCUUCGCCGUCGAGGAGGAGGACGAGGAGAAGAAGCAGGAGGAGGCGGAGGCGGAGAGAAGCGGUCGCGGUCGCGGGUGCCGCCGCGGGGAGCGGAGCGAGCGCGGGGCGGCGGCGGCGGCGGCUCCUCCAUCAUGUCGUCGGGCGGGGACUUCGGGAACCCGCUGCGGAAAUUCAAGCUGGUGUUCCUGGGCGAGCAGAGCGUGGGGAAGACAUCCUUGAUCACCAGGUUCAUGUAUGACAGCUUUGACAACACCUACCAGGCAACAAUUGGCAUUGACUUCUUAUCGAAAACCAUGUACUUGGAGGAUCGAACAAUCAGGUUGCAGCUGUGGGAUACUGCGGGUCAGGAACGUUUCCGUAGCCUCAUUCCCAGUUACAUCCGUGACUCUGCUGCUGCUGUAGUAGUUUACGAUAUCACAAGUAGGUAUUUUGCACUGGUACGGUUGCAAUUAUGGGACACAGCAGGUCAAGAGCGGUUCAGGAGCUUGAUUCCUAGCUACAUUCGUGACUCCACUGUUGCAGUUGUUGUUUAUGAUAUCACAAAUGUAAACUCCUUCCAGCAAACCACAAAGUGGAUCGAUGACGUCAGAACGGAACGGGGCAGCGAUGUCAUCAUCAUGCUGGUGGGAAAUAAAACAGAUCUAGCAGAUAAGAGGCAAGUGUCCAUUGAGGAAGGAGAAAGGAAAGCCAAAGAGUUGAAUGUAAUGUUCAUUGAAACUAGUGCAAAAGCAGGAUACAAUGUAAAACAGCUUUUCCGACGUGUGGCAGCUGCCUUGCCUGGGAUGGAAAGCACACAAGACAAAAGUAGAGAAGACAUGAUUGACAUAAAACUGGAAAAGCCUCAAGAGCAGCCUGUCAGUGAAGGAGGCUGUUCCUGCUAAUACCAUGUGGCUUCCACCUUUCUCCAGAACAUCACUGCUUUCCCUCCCUGUCCUCUUCAUUGACUGCAGUGUGAAUAUUGGCUUGAACCUUCCCCUUUCCGUAAUAACGUAUCGCAGUUCAUCAUC